CAGUGUGGUGACUCCGACUGGGCUGAUGACAAGUCGUCCGUUCGAUUUUAGUUUUUGAUCGUCUCGUCAGUUCUUCAAAACUCGCCGAGUUUUGACUGUUGCUGGGUCGUCCAUCAGAACUAACCACGAUGAUUUGCAGCGUGUGCAUGGAGCAGUUCGACUCCGCCGAGCGCCGCCCGAAGGUGCUUCCCUGCGGACACUCGUACUGCCUGAAAUGCCUCAUUCAGUUGCCCAGCAAAAAGUGCCCUGUCGACAGCAAGGCCUUCAAUCUUCCGCCGGAGAAGUUAUUGGAUAACUACAGUCUUCUCGCUGAAAGUAACAAGCCGGCUGAGAAAGCCGACCCCCGCUUCUGGUGCCUGAGCUGCAAGAAGGCCGCGACGGCGGACUGCAUCGACGACCACCCCGUGUGCAGCCUCAAGAAGGCCCGCGCCAAGGACGCGGCGCUGCUGCUGGGGUCGCUGCAGCGCGGCGAGGCGGCCCUGGACGAGCUGCGCGACACACUAGAACACGUGGCGCGGGAACUGCAGGACAGCCGCGACCGGCUGCAGCAGGACAAGGCGGGCCUGGCCGCAGCCAGGGCGCGCCUGCAGGACGCGCAGGUGGCGGACGAAGCCGUCUGGGAGCAGGCCAAGGCCGCAGCGCGGGAAGGCCUGUCCCGGACCCCUGUCCGGCUGCUGGACGACCUGGCCGACCCCGUCGCCACGUGUAGCCUUACGGUGCAGCGGGGCGCUGACGGUGGCGUGGCGUGGCGCGGCGAGGUUGGGCUGGCGGACGACGCAGCGGCCAGGCUGCUGCUGUGCCGGAUGGCGCUCAACGGAGGGCUGCAGCAAGAGCAACAGCAAGAGCACGAAGAGGGGCAAGAGCGACCUGCCGCCCGACUCUUGCCGGAGCGCUGCAACGAGGGAGAGAAUGUGCUGACCCUAGAAGACAUGAAGGCCAGGAUGGUUGAAGGCGCCAGGGUGGAGCGGGGCAGGGAUUGGCCAGAAGGACGCUAUGAGGACGGAAAGCCGCCUGGGCCCGGCACCGUCAUUCCGGCCAUUAGUAGUGGUAACAGUGGUUGGGUAUCUGUGAAGUGGGACCGCACCGGCGUCACAAGCUCACACCCCAUGGGAGAGUACCAGAAGACCCCGACCCAACGUGGCUAUGAUCCUGUUACUAUUACGGAGUACCAGCUCCAUCUUCUGGCGCCCGCUCCGUUGAAAUCGCAUCUGGGAACAACCUCUACCUUUGGUGCCGUGUCCACAAGCACCGUCAUGGCCCAGGUGUUAACGAAUGGUAUACUCAAAACGGUGCGCGUCAUCAACCUGGACUGCAGUGUAUCUCCGUACUGGAACCAGAAGGUGCUGGAGCAGGUGGCUCCGCACCUGGAGGGCCUGCAGAUGUCUUCGCCUCAGCAGCGGCACCUGGACGUCGUCCGGACGAUGCCGUACCUGAAGGCCCUUUGCCUCAGCGGUGUCACCGGCGAUCACCUGCAGCAGUUGAACCAGAUUCCGAUCCUGGAGUCCCUCUGCAUCAAGGGCGUGACGGGUGACGCCCUGCAGGCGGCGAACCAGAUGGCGUCGCUGCGCCGCCUGGAGCUGCACUGCCCGUUUGCCGCGCCCCUGCCCGUGGUGGCCUUCCCCGCCACUCCCGCUAAGCUGCAGUGGCUGCGCUGCGGCGUGUACCCGCUGGCCGCGGCGCUGGCCCUGGUGCGCGCGCACGCGGACUCGCUGCAAGAGCUGCAGCUGGUGGCGGCCUCCACGGAGCCCUACGGCUGCCCCGACCUGGCCGAUGAGAUCCGGCGGUGCGGACUCAAGCAGCUCAUGCGGAUGGUGCUGCUGAGGCAAACCGACGGAGGGGCUUUCUGUCGUCACGACAAGGACUCGUGCAGAGUUCAGAAGAUUCAGCUGUGGGACAUGUUUGUGGAAGCCAACUUGACUGCUGUGAAAGUGAUAUGCAGUGAAUGUGACCGCGAGGAGUUCUAGAAAUUGUGAACGCAGUAAAAGCUCUACGAAGAACCGCUUUGUAAUACGAAGAAAAUGAAGGCAUUGUAAAAUCUACGAAGAAAUGUUGUCUUACGAAGCAAAAUCCUUCGAACGAGGGGGCAAAAACUCUCGCAAUCAUGUGUAUACGGCCCCCGAAAUCACACGCGAAUCAUUGAGAAUCACGCGAAAUCAAGCAAUCCGAAAUCAAGCAAUCCGAGAUCAAGCAAUCCGAGAUCAACCAAAAUCACUAAAAUCGACCGAAAUCAGGCAGGAUCACACGAAACCAGGCAAAAACAGUCCGAAAUCAUUUCUUUCCGAACACAAUUGCACACAAUCACGCUCAACAUCACCCUGGUGCGUCGCGAAAUAAGGCAGGAUCAGCCAUGAAAUCAAUUAAAACCAUCCGCAAUUACACAGAAUCACGCGCAAUCAAGAUAAAAUUUUCAAAUCGGACAAAAUCACCCAAAUUAUUCAACAUCACGUGCAUUACGCGAAUCAUGCGAAUCAUUGCGUUUUCCGAAUCAUGUGUACACGAAAAUCCCGAGUUUUUGCCCCCUCGAACACGAAGCAUUUCUUUAUAAUACAAAGCAAUUCUACAAUGCCUUCAUUUUCUUUGUAGUUACGAUGCAAAUGCUCCGUAACGAAGCAAAUGGCUGUUAAGAGUGAAGUAGGAUAUCCCACGGCAUUGUAACUGAUCAAGGAGGAUCACAAUAAAUCUUUGAUUGUACAAUCUGA